GGGCGGGCGGGCGGGAGGCGGGAGGCUCGCGGAGGGAGAGAGGGCGAGAGGAAGAGGGCGGGAGCGAGAGACCGAGAGAGAAAGGAGAGGAGGGAGGAGGCGCGCCGCGCCAUGGUGUCCUGCGCGGGGCCGGGGCCAGGGCCAGGGCCGGGCCAGGCCGGGCCAUGAGCCGCCCCGGGAGCUGGGACAUGGACGGGCUGCGGGCGGACGGCGGGGCCGCGGGGGCGGCCCCGGCCUCCUCCUCGUCCUCCUCCUCCGUGGCGGCGGCGGCGCCGGGCCAGUGUCGCGGCUUCCUCUCAGCGCCAGUGUUCGCCGGGACACACUCCGGGCGUGCGGCCGCGGCGGCGGCGGCGGCGGCAGCGGCGGCCGCGGCGGCCUCUGGCUUCGCCUACCCGGGGACCUCUGAGCGCGCGGGCUCCGCCUCGUCGUCGUCAUCUUCGGCUGUGGUCGCAGCGCGCCCCGAGGCUCCCUCGGCCAAAGAGUGCCCGGCGCCCGGCGCAGCCGCUGCAGCGCCGCCGGGCGCCCCGACCCUGGGCUACGGCUACCACUUCGGCAACGGCUACUAUAGCUGCCGCAUGUCGCACGGCGUGGGCUUACAGCAAAACGCUCUCAAGUCGUCGCCGCACGCCUCGCUGGGGGGCUUCCCGGUGGAGAAGUACAUGGACGUGUCGGGUCUGGCAAGCAGUAGCGUACCGGCCAACGAGGUGCCCGCGCGGGCCAAGGAAGUGUCCUUCUACCAGGGCUACACGAGCCCCUACCAGCACGUGCCUGGCUACAUCGACAUGGUGUCCACCUUCGGCUCCGGGGAGCCUCGGCACGAGGCGUACAUCUCCAUGGAGGGCUACCAGUCCUGGACACUGGCUAACGGGUGGAACAGCCAGGUGUACUGUGCCAAGGACCAGCCACAGGGCUCCCACUUUUGGAAAUCAUCUUUUCCAGGGGAUGUAGCUCUAAAUCAGCCAGACAUGUGUGUCUACCGUCGGGGGAGGAAGAAGAGGGUGCCCUACACCAAACUGCAGCUCAAAGAACUGGAGAACGAGUAUGCCAUUAACAAGUUCAUUAACAAGGACAAGCGGCGGCGGAUCUCGGCUGCCACGAACCUAUCUGAGAGACAAGUGACCAUUUGGUUUCAGAACCGAAGAGUGAAAGACAAGAAAAUCGUCUCCAAGCUCAAAGACACCGUCUCCUGAUGUGGACCAGAAUGGCCACAGAGAUUUUAAAUGAUUUCAGUUGUCUCCAAAAGACCUUUGGAAAGACUUGAAUAUGUAUUUAAUUCCCCUCAUCCCCCGCCAGUGACGGCAAAUUUUGUGAAUUGUUUCUCUCUCUUCUCCUUAUCUGGCUCUAAAACCUUUUGCUUCCCGACCUAACUUUGUAGUUCUGUUUCUUACUUGUUUAUUGUUGAUUUUGUUCUUGUCUAGGUUUAUUUUUUAUGACGUUUUUAAUGUUCUGUUUCUCCCUCCAGGCCAGUAUAAAGGACUUGAAGUAUUUUUUAAUAAUCUCCCCAAAUGAAUUUCAGAAGUGCCAUUCUGACUUUAGGGUUUUAUUUUUUUUAAUCACUUUAUAUGCCUGUUUCCAGCACUGAUUAUCUUCAUAAUCCAUUAGGGCAGGACGAUUUGCAGUCAUUCAUAUCCUGUGAUUGGGUAAUUGAAUCAUUAGGUCUCAGCAGUCGCCCUGAGGCAAGUGGAAACAGCUCUGGGCAGGCAGUGCUCUAGAGUCACUGGGAAAGUCUAAAAACAGGAGGCUAGAGGUCCUGUGAUGGCUUUAAAAGCAGCUACCUUAUUAAAUAGGGUUUGUGUCAAUAUUGGAAUGAAGACAAUCUGAUUUUGGGUCUUUCACUUGCUGUUGUAAUUGUAUGUGUUUAAUACACCUUGUAGAUUUGUGCUUUUAUGAUCUUUAAUUUGAAAAUAAUGUGUCCUCGUGGAUGCCUUCGUGUCCCCAGCUCUAGAUGCAGAUUGUUAGGUGGCUGCAAUUGGCAGAGUGACCCGUGGCUGAUAUAAAUGCACCCCUCUCCUUGGCCUUGUGUCUGUGGGGCGGGGGUUGAGGCCAUCUCAGUCCCCUGAAAGAGGCUGAAUCAAUGUGACCAUGGUUGGGAGCUUUUGUCCAGAACCCAAUGAAGAACUUGACUGUCUGGGCCUCUCAUGGAGCUCUAAAACAUCUAACAAAUGCAAAAAGUGCGGAGCUCUAAGGUCCAAGGAGAAAAAAAUGUUUCUGAAAUGACGAUAAAUAACUACUUUUAAAGUGCUGCAUAUUUAUACAACUGAGAGAUUAUUUUUGUAGAUGCAAUGUCUGUGAGCUGGGAUACGUGGGCAGUGCUUCAGGCAUUUAAAAAUCACUUUUUACUCCUAGGGAGAUGCAAAUAAACAGAACUCUCUUGUUUCCUUUGAGUCUUUAUACAUUUGUUUUCUUUUUCCAAGUUUGCGUUACCUCUGAAACUCUUCUUAUUUAUUAUCAAAUCUUGUUAUCCUGAUCACUAUGAUGUUCCCUGUAGAUGAAGGAAACUCAGCACCAGUUCUAGUCUCUGAAACCUCCAGGCUCUCCACUUCCGCCACUCCUCCCCUCCUUUUCCCGUGGCUUUAACAUAAGUAGUGAUGUCUUUAAAUGAGGAUAUAAUUUGUGGUGUCUACAAUAUUUUUUACCAGACCAGCUCAAAAACAUCUCCAAUAAAAUUUUACUUCUCUUUCAA